AUGUCGAUUCCUGGAAACGAGACAGACUUCACAGGCUUCUUCCAUGCAGCCAUUGCCCACCUAGCGUGCCGGCCGGACUGCAGCAGCCAAUGGUGGCAGUUCGAGAAGGAUCCUGCAGUCAAGGCAACCUGGGCAGCGCUGGGGCUUCAACAGCCCACGCCAAGGAUGGAAGAUGUGCUGGCAGCUCGCCCAGACCUGUUUAGCCGAUCCCACAAUGGCAAGAACAUGGUCCUCAAGCUGCAGGCACUCGGUCUCUCGUGCCUGCCGUCUGGACCCGAGCCUCCGCCCGUGCAGUUCCCUGGCCACGCAAUGUGCACUCAGCUGCGCUGCAAGGGCCCUGCGGCGAAGUGGGGAGGUCCCUGGGCGGCCAGAGCAGGAGGCUACAUGAAAUCGGCAGGCUCCUUAGAAGAGCUUGGAGCACAGAAGAGCUUGGAAAGUCUUCGUGUUGUGGUCUGCCGACCGGAAGGGGCAAGUUCGGCUGGAUUAAACCGCUCCAGCCGAUUGAUCAUCCUCUGGCAGCCGGAUGCCAAGCGAGACCACCACAAGCAGAAUCUGGCAGUUUUAAGCAAUGUCUCUGGAGUGUUCGCCCAGUCCCGGAACAAGUCUCGCAUCUAUGUGCAUGUGAAGGCGUGCAUCACAGAACCAAACAGUUUCCGGUGUGGUCGCAAGAUGCUGCAUAUGCUGCGAGCACCGCGGGAGGACCUCGCCGACGGCUUGCAGUCCCUGACCGCUGGGCAGCGUGUGGCUUUCCAGGCCGUGUCCGAUGCACCGGACUGCCCUUUCGAUGUCGCCAAUGGGUGUCCCACGCUGUCCACCUUCCAGAAGCCGAGCCGGCAGCAUAGGUUCGGCCUCCGCAUCCAAAAGUGGGCCAAAGCCCUCGCCGCCGCGACUUGGCCGAGUGCCAAUGUGUCCUCGGAGGAGCGGUUCGAGCGCCCCACCGUGCUGCUGGAGCAUGGCAUCAAGUAUACUGGCCAGUGGAAGGGAGACAAGCGUGAUGGCAAUGGCUUGCAGGAAUGGCCGGACGGCGCGCGCUUCGACGGUCAGUGGCGGAAUGGCUUAGCAGAGGGCUUUGGAAAGUUCAUACACGCUGACGGCGAUGUCUAUGAAGGGCAGUGGAAGGAUGACAAAGCCAACGGAGAAGGCGUCUACCACCAUGCCGACGGCUCCAGGUACGUUGGCGAGUGGAAAGACGAUCAGAAAGAGGGACGUGCCAUGGAGGAGUGGGCAGACAAUUCCCGCUUCGAGGGAGAGUAUCGUGCCGGCAAAAAGCACGGGCAUGGAACGUUCACCUGGCCAGAGGGUUCCUCGUACGAGGGCGAAUUUCAGAACAAUGAGAUACACGGUCAGGGCACGUACUUUUGGAAUGAUGGGCGUGUGUACUGUGGGCAGUGGGCGAACAACAGGAUGAGUGGCCAGGGCACGUUCACGUGGAGAGACGGCCGGAAGUACAUUGGCAGCUACAUGUACGACAAAAAGGAUGGACACGGAGUGUUCACGUGGCCAGAUGGACGAGAAUAUGUCGGUGACUGGAAGGACGGCAAGCAGCAUGGCAUUGGAGUCUUCAAGACCGCCAAGGGCGACUAUCGCCGCGGUGAGUGGAAGGAUGGCAGCCGCAUCCGCUGGAUCUCGGAGGCGUAUAGGGAGGAUGGGCAGCAGCCUGGCUCUCCUUCAGCUCCCCAGGCCCUUUUUCUGAGGUUCUGA